GGUGAUUUAUCCAUCAGUUACAGUGGUUUCAUAUAAAUCACAACUGAUCAGAGGUCAGGUGUCUGAGUUUCUUAUGGUUCUCUCUCCUGAUUGGUUCAUGCUUUAUUUAUGCAAAUGACUCUCUUUAAAUAUGUUUGUGAGUGUAGUGUGAAUGUUCAGUACGAGAUGAAGAAACACAAACCACACUGAAUCAUCGACAUGUUUCUUCAGGAUAUGGAGAGUUUCUGUGGGUUGGGUUUGUGGUCUCUGGGUUUGUGUGUUUUGGUUGCUUGUGUCCUGUUGGUCAACACAAAUCUCUUUCUGACCAAACCUGCUCAGACAUCUUUAGAUACACUGGCCAGAGCCGAUCUCAAAUCCACCACUGGAGAUGAGGUGAAUUAUAAAGCUGGGAGUUUGUGGGAGAAGACUGGAGCUGUCAUUAUGGCUGUUCGACGACCAGGAUGAUCUUUGUGCAGAGAGGAGGCGUCUGUGCUCUCCUCUCUGAAGCCUCAGUUAGAUGACAGUGGUGUUCCUCUGUAUGCUGUUGUAAAGGAGAACAUUGGUUCUGAGAUUGAGGACUUCAGACCGUUCUUUAAUGGAGAGAUCUUCCUGGAUGAGAAGAAAUGUUUCUAUGGAUCUAAGCAGAGGAGGAUGACGGGAUUGGGAAUCGCUCGUCUUGGGGUGUGGAGGAACCUUCUACAGGCGUGGAGGAAAGGUUACCAGGGCAACAGGAAGGGGGAGGGUUUCAUUUUAGGAGGCUUGUAUGUGAUUGGACCAGAAAAUCAGGGAAUUCUGCUGGAGCACCACGAGAAAGAGUUUGGAGAUAAAGCAGAUCCAUCAGAUGUCCUGAAGGCUGUCAACAGAAUCCAACGCAAACAGAAUUAGAUCAAAACAUCUACACAAGUGUGUGUGUGUGUUUGUGUGUGUCUGUGUGGUCCGAGAGUGUUUAUAUGACAGAUUGACCCAAAACUCUUAUGGGACAGUCCUGAUGAUUUACACUUCAGACUCCUGACACACAACGACACACAACAGCUUUAUAACUCAACAUCAAAAGCACAGGCACACAAAUGAACAUCUAGCAGUUUUUGAUACACAAAAUGUGUUCUUGUGUUUAAUUUAAUUUAGGGGGAAAGUGUCUUUAGUUGGCGAUUCUUAAAAGACCAAAUUAUCUUUAAAAAUUAAAAAAUCUAAAUACAGUUAGACAACAUGUGAGGGUUUAAUAAACAUAAAUAUAUCAUUGUAAUGUAGGCUAUAUUUCAUUCAUUUUACUUCUCUUUACACAUCAAUCAUUUGUAACGUGAAUAUGAUGUAUGUUCAUUAAAUAAAUGAUAUAAAACACA